AUGGUCGAGUGGGAUCCGGCCUACGUUCCCGGCUUGAAGCUCGGCCUGCACGCCUCUCAGAUCGUCCUCGCCUUCACGGCCUGGUGUCUGGAGAUUGCCGUCUUCGUCGCCAAGGAUGCCAAAAUCGUCGGCAACAAUGCCUGGACCUUCUCGGUCGUACGUUCUGCCCGCCCACCCGCCUCCGGCUCGCUCCGUGCUCGCCACCGUGCUGACGUGCCGCCUUCGCAGUGCUUCCUCUCCAUCCCCGCGUGGAUCUACUUGAUCAUGACGCCGCGCUUCGGUCGCGCCCGCCGCUUCGCCGAUCCGCAAGCCAUGAUGACGGUCGACUGCGUCUUCACCAUCCUCUGGUUGUCGGCCUUUGCCACCCAGGCCGCCUUCAACACGGCCAACCUGUGCGGCAGCGCCUGCAACCUGAGCAAGGCCAUCGUCGCCCUCGGCGUCUUCGUCACCCUCCUCUUCGUCGCCACCUCCCUCGUCAGCGCGUACACGCUCCAGUACUACAACUUCCACGGCUCCCUUCCCGGCUACGAUUCUCGCCAGGUCCGUGGCGGCGAGAGCGUCAGCAACGUCGACCCCGACAAGGCCGCCUUCUCCAUGGCGCCCCAUGACGAGGAGGCCUACGAGCGCGUCAACGCCGACGACCACGACGCGGGCCCCGGCUCCGGCCCCGGCUCCUACUCGGCCCACGGCCGCUACGGCCACGCAAACCCUUACGGCGCCGACGACGACGACCCCAACCGCUACGGUUCCCUGCCGCCGCGCAACAACGGCGGCUUCUUCGACGCCGAGACGGAGUACGGCGCCGCCGGCGUGCCCGUCCCGUCGGUGCCGUACGGUGGCCCGGCCACCUCGCACAGCCCCUACAUGGACGACGAGCCGGCCCAGUUCCCUGCGGCCCACUACGAACGCGGCCAACGAUGA